AUGGCACGUUUACCUUGGGUGUUAGCGCUUCUUGCCGUAUUUCUAAAUCACGCUCUUUUAAUGGUUCUUUCAAAGCCUGUGCAGGCCGGGCCCAAAGAAACCAGAGCACUUGAACGCCGUUACAGCGGUAAAGGAACUUGGUUUAUCCCAGAUACCGGCGCAUGUGGCGAUGUGAACUCCAAGUCGGAUUAUAUUGUGGCAAUGAAUUAUGCCCAAUAUAAGAACGGUUCUCCCUGUCAUAAGGUUGUGGCCAUCAAGAACAACGCCAACAACAAGGUUGUGAAAGCUAAGGUUACUGACGAGUGCCCCAGCUGCGCGUACGGCUCGUUGGACCUUUCGCCGGCCACCUUUGAAGCAUUAGGUAACUUAGACACCGGUGUCAUACCUAUUUCUUGGGAUUGGGCUUAGAAUUGGAAAUCGACCAGUCGAUACAUUACCCCUAUCUGUUUCUUGCCUUGCAUUCUUUCACUUUUGCUCAGCUGCUUUAUUCCAAACACGCUCAAUACUCCCAAUCCUGGUGAUUUGCCAUUCAUUCGGCAUUAACAAGUCAAGUCUUGAUAUAACCUUCAUUACCAUCUUUUAACGUGGAGUUAGAUUCCAUCAAGCUAGUUGAACUAACCUCGAUGUUAUAACCCAUCAGCUUAACUCAAACACGGCAGUUGUAUAUCCUAGCUCUAUGGCACUUGUACUGAUAUUAUCAAUCAGCCAUUUCCUUCCCAGAAGAUAGUAUCAUCAUUAAACGUCUUACAUACAUACAAGUAACAUCGUGAGACUCAGUGAAAUUACA